GGAUUAAAGUGUUCCAUCAGUGUUCAACUUGUUGGCGAUAGUUUCUCCAAAUUAAGAGGGGAACUUGCUGGUCCACCGGACACACCUUAUGAAGGUCAGUACUGUUUAAGGCUGUUGUAUCAUUGAUUCAAAUAGUAUGGACAGCCUAUAUUAAUAUAAAAAUACUGUUAAUUAUUGUUAAUAUUGAUUCAAUAUUUCAGUAUUUUCCCACCCACAAAACUAAGUCAUUAAUUUUUAACAUAAUAUUUUGUGAAACUAAUUGGACCACACACAUACUGUACAUACGUAUUGACUUUUCAAAACAGUAGAGAAAACAUACAGUAUGCACCUUAUUAGUUAUUUUACAGUUUUCAUAUACCUAAUGAAAUAAUCAUCCAUGAUUAUGGUACAACUUACUUACCGUACAUGUUGUCUUGAAAAACGAUAUAGAUUCAACCAAAUGAAAUGAACCAAAGCUGAAGUAUGAAAAAUUAUCUCUUUAAUGCAGUUGUGUCCACUCUUAACGUAUACCAAACUGACACCAUGGCGGGAUUUUGGUGUAAAUGCUAAGGGGAGGUGAAAACAUUUAGGAAAAAUGAAGUGGUCUGGACCCCAUCCUCCCUGGGAUGUUAAGGACAAAAGUAACUGCCUAUACAAUACAACUUAACUGCAAAUAGAAUAAUAAAGAUACUGUAUACAGUAUAAAUUGGUAUAUAAUUGGACUAUGUAUAAAUUUAAUUCCAGGUGGUCGAUAUGUUGUUGAUAUUUCUGUUCCCGAAACGUAUCCAUUUAAUCCACCAAAGGUGCAGUAUUUCUGUUUACAAUAUUAUAAAUUCCUUAAUAACAAUUUCAAUACAAACAAAACAAAACAAAACAAGGGGUUCAAUUAGUAAUUAACCGGUUAACACUGAACCAAGACACUUACCGUUCCUUAGUAAGGGACAACGGAAGGGGUCAACGUAGGGACACGUUACUGUAUGCUUAGUUCAUUAAAGAGUAAGAUGUUCAUGUGAAUUCACCCAAGGGAUGUGCGCAAAUGCACUCUUGCCGGCUGAUGCGAUAUUUUCAAUUAAUAUCGAUAUUUCAAAAAUAUUGAUAUUUGAUAUUCGAUUUUUUUGCCUAUCGAAAAUAUCGAAGGAUUUACUAGACAACUUAAUCUCCCUUUUUUGGCAAUCAUUGCCCGGUAAAGAUUGGGAAUUCAAGUAGCAACUUAUUGUUUUUAAGCAGGCUAAGUGUGAUCACAGGAGAUGGUGCACCACCCACGAGCAGCAGUUGAGGGCUUGAAAGCAAUAACUGUGUGAUGACUAAUAAAGUGAUGCAAUCUGAAAUACUUUGAAUAAUAAUCUUAAUGGCAUGUAUCGGCGCUGGUUUAAAAAACAAAGUAUCAGAAUAUCACAGCUCAUUCUCUAACUCACUGCUCUGUUGCGAAGGAAAGUCCUGACAAUAUGUCGAAUCAAAGUCCUAUUUGGAAUUGCUUUAAGAAAAGUGAUAAAAAUGAUGACCCUUUGUUUCAUGCAACAUGCAAGUUGGUUAAACAACGUUUUUUAAUUUGUAUUAUUCGAUAUACUGUAGUCGAUAUUUUUUCUAUAUCGAUAUAUCGAUUUUUUCAACAUCGCAUCAGCCUACUCUUGCCCGUUAUUGUGUUAACCAAUCAUGUUCUUGUUCAUACACUAUAGUUUAUAUAUUAAUUAUUAUAUUCAGUAGAUUACAGUAUAUUCGACGGUCAGAGGCACAUCAAAAACGAUGCAAGCUUCUUGCGGUCACAUUUUCUAAUAAAAUGUAUUGUUUAAAAUUCUUAGUCUAUUAAAGAUGCUGUGCUGAGUGGUUAUAUUACUACCUUAAAAAAUAAGCACACUGGUACAGACAGUUUUAGUCUAUUAAAGCCUUUUGUUAAUUGGCGCAUGCACUUACAAGUUAUAAUAUCAAGAUUGGAGUACAACUAGUACAGUACUAGAUUUCGGCCCAUCAUUGUAAGUUUAUGAAAAUCUGGACGUAUUCAGUUUCAAUCAUUUGAAGUUUCUAAUUAAAGUCUUUGAUGGAAAGUUAAAAAGUCAAAACUCCCAGUUUUAAAAUAAUUAUUGGUCUUAAAGAUAUUAUUAUUGGUAUUAGUUUAUUUUACUGGAUAAAAUGCAUGAAGCACUACAGUAAAAGUCUGAGCUAAGUCAGCCGGCUACAGUAUUUAAUUCAUGGCUCAUCACGUCUUGAUUUCGUAUUUUUCAUGCAUACAUUUUGCAUAGAUGUACACAUUUUCGAAUAAUUUUUGCGGUCCCAGACACACCAAAACGUUAUCGAUCCCAACUAGACGAAAUCGGAGUGACUCGUUCUGCGCUUGGAACAAAUUGCAGUUGAAGACUGGAAGAAUUAGAAUAUGCUUAUAUGCAUAUCAAAGUAUUGAACUGUUCAAUCAUCAUUUGAAUAUGGAGAAAGUUGGUCAAAAUCAAAGAAGUGUGCUUUGGUUAAAUUUCUUUAUUUUGCUUUACACAGAAGACAAAGUAUGCUAUAGUACAAAAAUGAUUUAAUUCACAAUUCUAUUGUGGCUAUAAUGACUGAACAUUCCAGUCUAAGCUACAUGUUACAGUGAUUCGACUGAAAUUUGUUUCCAGCGCAGAAUGCGUCAAGUGGAUGCGCAGUCGAAUCUCCGAUGUCGUUUAUACUGUAUAAGCAGCAGUGUCUUUUAUUGUUAGGUGAAAUUUUUGACGAGAAUUUGGCAUCCUAACAUAAGUUCUGUUACUGGUGCAAUAUGUUUGGAUGUUUUAAAAGAUCAAUGGUAUGUGUUCAUUUGCAUUCAAUGCAUAUAAAUAUGUAAUUAAUGAAGUAUAAUUGAGUACACAAGUUAGUGUAGGUCAUCAGCUGUCAUACGACAAUUGCAGAACUUCUGCAUGGCCAGAAUGUGUCUCAGAUGGAUGAGUGCAUGCCUGCUUUAUGCAUGGUGGCCCACACUAUCUGAGGCGGUAUUUGUUAACAUUCUGGGGGUCAGCUGUUAAAGCUCAAAUACUGUAGUGCUAACCCUGGAAGUACAGUAUCAAGUAUGGAGGUCUAUCUACUGUAAAUAUCCGAUAUAACUUCAGUUUUUCCUAUCAUUUAGGGCUGCUGCAAUGACACUUCGGACUGUUCUUCUCUCAAUUCAG